AUCUUUCGUCCGGUUGAUAACCUCUGAGUCGGCGGGGCCGUGAGCGGGGAGUUAGGAGGCGACACACAACAACACAACAACAAUAAACACUUCGAGUCUAGAUUGAAUUUGCAAUGUGAUUUGUGUUGUGUUCUUGCGUGUGUUGGUUGUCUAAGGACCAGUGGCAGCUUUUGGCUGUGCUGUGAAAGUGUGUUUUUCACGUUAAUGCCCAGUGUCUUCAGGACGUUCGCACAUCAAAAAGGCUAAAUGGAUUUCCAAAAUGGCAGCUGCACUCUUCUGCCCUCUUCCGAGGAAAUUGAAAAUAUCGUGAUAUUUUUCUGAAGAUGCUAAGGAGAGGUAAACAUCAAGCCAACUGUCCUUAUGAGGGAAUUCGAAGCUGCUUGUUGGCAGCUAGCAAGGCUCAAUUUGCCUGUCUGUUUCAGUUCAUUGUUUCUUGUGUCUCUUUUCAAGGUUUUGGGGAAACUUUCCUAACUAGUUCUGAAUCAGUGCAUUUAGCUAAUACUUCCAAUCAACUUUCUCAAUUUCCUAUUGGAUUUUCGCAGCCAAUGGUUAAAAGUUUUCUAAAACUGUAUACUGCUGUCAAAGCAGCCAUUAUCAGUAAGGAAACAAUUAAGCCAUUUUCAAACCCUCUAAUCUUUACAGCAUCAGUUGCUGUGCAUGAAAUAAUUGCAUCAAAGUGGAUCAUCUAACAUGCCUGUGAACAAUAGAGCAAGGACACUUGCCAAAGGGUCCUGUCUCCUUCUAUCAGCAUCUGUCUUCUUCUGUUAGCUACCCUCUUAGUUGUGAGCAAGAGGACGUAGACGCCAUGAAGGAUGCUGUAAAAGAAAAACAGCAGCGAGACAAAAAAGUCUCUGCCGCCAACAGUGGAAGCGCCUU